AUGAGUGGCAGAAAACUGAAUAAAAACUAUGAUAUAUUAUCAUUCAAAGUAUUAAAGAUAGAAGGAAAGCACGCGGCUAAAUGUUGUGUAUGUGGAAAUGUGAUAAAAAAUACAGCUGCAGCAAGAUUGCAAAGUCACAGAAACGUCUGCAAGUUAGAUCGUGGCAAUGGUAAUCAAUCCAAUAAUCAAAUGUCGCAUGUUUCGAUAUACGAAAAUACUGGCUCAGACACAGGUUUUACACCUACAGUUAAUCCACAAAAUACAACGAACGGUAGUUACGAAGUUAUGGAAGAUGGUUCGCUAGCUAUUGUGACUGGAACUUCACCUGAAAACAUGCUAGAUGGAAUUAUAGAAAAUUCAUUAGAUACCGAUGCCGCCUUAUUGGAAUUGGAAGAAAACAAUGGUGUAGCAAUUCAAGGCACUCAUAGUAUUGUUGAAAAUAUGAUGUUAUCAACUACUGAUACUGAGAGUAGUAAUUUGACUAACUUAAGUACUCCAACUUCCUCCAGCACAAGCUACACAAGCACGAAUAAAAGAAAUUUAUUCGCUACAUCUCAAGCUAGACCAGCCAAAAAAUCAAAGAAAAUCACCGACCAUAUGGACAUAUUACAAGAGUAUGAAGAGGAGAAGAUAAGCACUGCACUAGCCAAAUUUAUAUUCGGCUGUAACUUACCAUUUACUGUGGUAGAAUCACCUCUCUUUAAAAAUUUUAUAAAAACGAUCCGUCCUGCUUAUUUAGACAAAAUUCCUGGCCGGAAAAAACUUUGUACAUCGCUUUUAAAUAAGUGCUAUGAAGACUGUAUUGAGAUUUCACGUAAAAAAGUGGAAACCGAGUCAGUCAUUUUGUGUGACGGUUGGAAAAACUCAUCUACUAAUUCUAAAACGGUUGUGACAAUGUUGCAUAGUGCAGACGGAAAAAAUGCCUUUCUUGAUGCUUGGGAUUUAACCACGGAGUCUGAGACUGGAGAAAAACUUGCCGAAAUAAUAACAGAAUCUAAAAAAAUUGCAAAAGAAAAAUACGAUGUAGAUGCGUACGGUAUAGUUUCGGAUAAUGCUAGUGCAAUGAUUAAAAUGGGAUCCCUCCUCAAGCACAACAUGUGGCACUCUACGUGCAGUAGCCACACCGGCAACCUUUUAGCCAAAGACGUGCUGGAUAAAAAGUUAGUCGACAAUGUGGUCAUUGUCCUCAAAGAAUUUAAGCAACCAGAUUUAGAAAAAAUGAUAGUUGAUAAGGGAGGGCGCAGAAUCAAAUUGCCGGCCGAAACAAGAUGGUGCUCUUACCGAGAUUCUUUCGAAAGUCUCCUAGAAAAUCUGGUAUAUAUGAAACAAGUAGCCGCUGUAACGAAAAAAAAGAUUAAGCCGAAAGUCAAGGAAUUAAUCUUCAACGAUGAAUUUGUGGAUGAGAUUCAACAGAACAUAGAAAUUUAUGAACCCAUUUGUAAUCUGAUCAAUGUUUGUCAGAAAUCUGACACAUCUGUAGCAGAUGCCGUUCAUCUGUGGCUCAAUUUGAAUCUGCCAGAUAACCUUAAAGAAAAAUUGAAACACAGACAACAAAUGGCGUUAAACGUGUACGCAUUAACUGCGUACUAUCUGCAUCCGAAAUAUGAAAAUUCCAAGCUUACGUCAGAGCACACUGGUAUAAUAACUCAGUUCUUACUCAGAAAGUUGUGCAAUCAGGGCAUAGAAGAAUGGGACAAAUUUAACACUAAAUCGGAAAAAGGAGUUGAAAAGCCUCUAGUAUUUUGGCGAGUGGUCAAACUGGAAUGCCCAAUUCUUGCUAAAAUGGCUCUCAGACUUCUAAAAAUGCCAGCCUCCUCAGCUCAAAUCGAGAGACUCUUUUCAAAUUGGGGACACAUUCACAGUCUGAUAAGAAAUAGAUUAACGUUCACUAAUUCCAAGAAAUUGGUACAUAUUUAUGUUUCAUUAAAGGGAGAGUAUCCUGAUAAAAAUAGUUAUGACCUGGACGAGGAAGAAAUUGUAGAUAUGGACGGGGAAAGUACAACUAUUUGA